AUGGCUGUUAUUCCUGGUCUGUCGGCGCUUUCGAACAUGGAAGACUUCCCAACUAUAGCUCUUGCUUUGCUAAAGCUGAGCUUGACGUUGAUCCCACUUUACCUCAUCACUCUCCCUGUCUAUAAUGUCUACUUCCACCCUCUGACCAACUGUCCUGGACCAAAAUUUAUGGCAGCCACACGUCUACCUUAUAUCCGCAUGAUCCUAGGUGGCCGGUUCCCACAAAGGAUCAAAGCAUUGCAUCAACAGUACGGCGAUGUAGUUCGCAUUGCCCCCGAUGAACUUUCUCUUAUAGACGGCGCAGCUUGGAAGCCCAUCUAUGGGACACGUGUCGGCCACGGCCAGAAGACCAAAGAUCAUCGAUUCUAUGCACCAACCCCUGGAGAAGCUCCCAGCAUCAUCGUCUCCAAUGAUGCGGACCAUUCCCGCUUUCGACGUUUAUUGUCGCACGCAUUCUCCGAAAGCUCAUUGCGCAGUCAGGAAUCCAUAAUCAAGGGCUAUAUUGAUCUUUUGAUGCAGCGUCUGCAUGAGAAUAUCGACGGUGGCACAAAUAUCGUUGAUAUGGUGACCUGGUACAACUUCACAACCUUUGAUAUUAUUGGAGACCUGGCUUUCGGAGAGCCGUUCGACUGUCUCAAGAAUUCGGAGUACCACCAAUGGGUGUCCAUUAUCUUCAGCUCGCUCAAGUAUGGCGCCUACGCAAAUGUGUCUCGGCGCCUCCCAGGAUCGAAAUAUAUCCUCCCAUACAUUACUCCUCGGCAUGUUCUCUCGCAAAGGAGUGCACACUUAGCCUUGACCAAGGAAAAGGUUCAGCGUAGGAUAGGUAGGUCUAAUGAAAGACCUGAUUUCUUCGGCAACAUUUUGAAGCAUCAAAACACCGAGAAAGGAUUCAGCAUCCCAGGAAUGAUCACCAAUGGUAGUACGUUGAUUAUUGCCGGCUCGGAGACCACUGCAACUGUGCUCUCUGGGGAAGAUAUUACCUUGGAAUCCUGCAAUAAGCUGGAGUAUUGUCUGGCCGUCCUUACUGAGGCUCUUCGAGUGUAUCCUCCCGUUGCAGUUGGAUUGCCUCGCAUAGUUGAUGCCCAAGGCGAUAUGAUUGCUGGAAACUGGGUUCCAAGAGGGACAGUUGUUUCCGUCUCUCAUCUCGCUGCCAGUCACUCCCCUGCCAACUUUGCUGAUGCAGAGCAGUUUAUCCCAGAGCGUCAUUUGGGCAACCCUCGCUUUGCGAAUGACAGUAAAACUGCAGUGCAACCGUUCAGUUUUGGUCCUAGGAACUGCAUUGGACGCAAUCUGGCAUACGUCGAAAUGCGUAUCAUUCUCGCUCGCAUGGUCUUCAAUUUCGAUAUGGAGUUGGACCAGCCUGAAAAGGACUGGAUGGAUCAAGAGUGCUUUGUGCUAUGGAACAAGCCAAAACUGAUGAUCAAACUAAAGCCGAUAGUUUAUUCCAAACGAAGCUGA